AUGUCUUUAUCCCCUACACUCUCGACCGCACAGUCCACUAUCAAUGACCAUAGUCGGAUAUCGGAUCAAGAUGUUGCAAUCCUCCACCGGAUUGUCACCCGAGCACAGGAAUUGCCGGGCGCGCAGAGACUGCCUUUUCGCGCCCUCUUCACUGCCUACGAAGAGGUUUUGAUCGAUGAGGGGCUCGAUCCAGACUACGACCCUCUUUAUUUCCGCUUUUUGUUCCGACUUGGAGACUCGAAGCUCUCACGGCUCUCGCUAUACCGAAAGUUCGAGGAGGCACUUGCCGAAAUCGGCAUUCAACUAGAAAUUGAUGUUGAAGAAGACCUGAAGGCAGUAGCGACAACAUGUACGAAACCGGUGUCUCACUAUGCCAGCUCCCCAGAAAACGAACCGCCUUUGAGAACGAACAGGCGCGCGUCGAUUAGCUCGAUAUACGAGAAGAAAGGGUGGAAUUCUAAAUCAUCCUGGAGCGCGUCCUCUCCACAACUUUCCGGCCGGCCACACUCAGCCAUGUCACUGCGACGUACAUCGCAAGAUUCCUUAAUUAUUGGAUCUAAUGGGACUGAGGCUAUCUGGUCGCAGACCUCGUUGAAUCAAUUUCCUGAAAAGUUUCAAGGCGCUUUCGGGAGGGAUGAUAAACGCCCCGGCUCAGUGAAGGCCACAUCUGAUCUAGCAACAGACAUUGCCCUAUCUUCGGCGCCUAGGUUACCACCUGCUUACGUUAGCCAAUCUGUUCCUCGCAGCGAGCUACCGCUCAUGUCUCGAUCAGGCUCUGAGUUUACACACCAAGCAAAGCUAUCCAAUUCUCUCCACCCAUGGAGUGAGGGGCAUUAUCAACGUGUGGAAUCGGAGUUGAUAGCUGAUGCGCAAUAUCUUUACCAUCAUCAUAUAUUUGUGUCAAUUCGGCGAAUUUUUCGCAAUUGGCGCUCGAAAGCGAUGAUCAACCAGAAACAUCAUCAUACUUUGAUGGCUACUGCUGGACGGCGGGAUCGGGCUGUCUUGCUCGAGGCCGGCUUUGGACAUUGGCGGCUCGCGCUUCGAACCAGGCAACAAUUGUCGGAGACGGAAAGUUUCUUCACCAGCAUGGAACAGCGUGCAAUCAGAGCACGAAAUUUGUUUCUAUUGACGAAAGCUUUCAGUCACUGGGCACAGUGUACUUCAGAAGAACUCCUGCGCACUUCAGUUGCUCGCCGGCAUCUCUUGAGAGCGAAAUUUUUCAAUGCUUGGAAAGAUGGCACUGGUAUCAAUGAACUCAAGGUCCGAAAACAUACCCUCCGCAAGUUCUUUUCUAUUUGCAGGCAGCGCGUCUCGAAGAUGGAUAGUAUCGCGAUCGACGCAAACGACAUUCUUUGCUCCCAUCUCCUUCGCACGAUGUAUUGGCGAUGGUUUUGGUCAUUUUGCGAAAAAAGAGCUCCAGUCUGGUGGGCGGGGAAAACGAAAUGGAAAGUUUUAAUAUGCUGGGUCAAAGCAGUGCAGGAAAGACGAGAGAAAGAAGGAUGGGCAUAUGGUAUCAAGAAGCAACGCUUGCAACGAAAAGUUCUUCAUUCAUGGGCGAGACGAGUCUCAGAUAUAAGGCUUCUGCAUCACAAAGCGCAUGACUUCAAGGACCAGCGACUGAUGAAGCAAUCUCUGAGCGAUUGGGCUCUAAUCACAAAACUGAGGCCACUUGCUGAGGUGUAUACUAGAUCUCUUACCUGCCAGACUUUAAACAAGGUUUUCCGCCUUUGGGUAAAGAAAUGGCGUAUGGAAACAGAUGCUUCGAAAGUCAACCGUCUACGCAUUCUUCAAAGCGCUUGGACCGUUUGGAACGACAAUCUUCGUUGUAAAGCUCUUGCUGCUCGUACGGAUGAUCGACUUCUUCUCCAAGCGCUCUACAAAUGGGUUCUGGCCGGGCGCUGCAAGCUCCAGCAAAGGUAUACAAAUUGGCGGCUCAAGAUGCAGACUCAUAAUCGACUUUUUCAUAAACAAACGAUUCUUCGCGCCAGGGUCCAUGAGAAAGAAAUGGCUUUCCAAUCUGCACGGAACAGGAGAAGCCUCAGGUCUUCAUUGGAUCACUGGCGUCUUAAGCUUCAGAUGCACCGACAGAGAGAACUAGUUACAUUGAGCCUCUCUGCUUCCCGUAUUUCCAAAGCUGUCCUCCAAAUUUGGUCUUCAAAACUCGACCACCUCAAGCUGAUAGACAGCUGGGCAGUAGCUUCUGCGUUUUAUGUUUUCAGUGUCCAUUCUUUGAAAAGAUGGGAAAACGCUCUCGCCAACGCUAGAAAACGGAAGCGUCGGGAGGCGUACUCGUAUAUCAGACGCAAGCUGAAGUUGAGGUUAGCUGCAAAGGUUUUCUCUGCAUGGCGUCAACGCUGUUUUAUCUUGUGCAAUAUGUAUGUUUCGAGCGAAAAAUAUCAUCAUAAACGCGUCGAAAGCUCUGGGAUACACAUCUUGGCCAUCUGGAAAGAGAGGACAGAACAUCAGGCGUCCUUGGUCCAACGAGCGGACUCAACGAUCACGGAUUACCUCCUUCGUCGUAAUCUCGAGCACUGGGUGCAGCGGAGCCACCAGAUGGCCCAGCAAGUUCAACAGGCAGAGUAUUUCGACACUCUGCACACAUCAAUUAUUGCAGCGGGGUUACUUCGGAAGCUUAGUUUGCGAGUGUUCGAAUUCAUACGGUGGCAUGAAACUGCUAACUCCUUGCGAGAACGCAAUCAGCGCCGACAUUCUCGAAACAUUUUGCGUUAUUGGGCAGAAACAUAUGCUGGUCGAGUGUCUCAACGGGAACCAGGCGCCGAGCAGCCAAAAACCCCGAAUGGCAACCGCAAGAGCUCGAGAAAGCCUUGGAAAAGCAGUAGAUGGACCGUUUCACGACUAAUCGACCGCUAUGACUUCGGCGAGUUUGGCACUGAUGCUAAUGAGAUUUCCGCAAUUACUCCCUUACCUGGUUACUUGACCACGCCUUCGAAACGUGUUGCCCGAGCCAAAAUAUUGGCUCAAACAGCCUCGACGCCUCUGAUACCAAGAAGCACGCCUUUUCCCCAACGGCUGAAAUCCCAAUCGGCCCUUCGUGGCGAACCGUUAGAUGAGAGAAUCCUCGCCGAAAGUAAUCUAGCUGGAGAUGAGGAGACCUCAAAUGAUAGGCCGAUUACUAUUGAGUGA